GGCGCGCCGAGCCCGCCGGGCUCUGCUGGCCUGCGGGCGGCCAGAGCCGGUUUGAGGUCUCGAGUCAGGGCUUGGUGGUGAGAACGGUAAUGCCGCUACCACAGGGUGAGGCGUGCAGUCAGAGGGAAAAUUACAUACAGGCAGAGGGAAAGAAGUUUAUUAAAUGAAGUGUGAGGUAAAGGAAGAGUGGCUGAUCCUCUCUGUGAACACCUAAGGCAAAAGAGGGAAGUUUAGGGAAGCCCUCGUCGCGGUGUACAGCCCUCUUGUGAGCGGAGGCAGACCGGCAGCACUGGUCCCGCUGGCAGGGCCCAAGGGAAGGGCCUGAAGUUGUGUCAAAGGCGUUUUAUGUUGGAUAUUAGAAGAAGGUUUUUCACACGGGAUGCUUGGGCAAUGGAAGAGGUUCCACAGAGAAGUGGUCACAGCAUCAAGCGUGACAGAGCUCAAGGAGCGUUUGGACAAUGCUCUCGGGCACGUGGUGUAAUUGUUGGGGGUGUCCUGCAGGGCCGAGAGUUGGACUCCAUGAUCCUGGUAGAAGAACUCACUAAAGAAAUCCAAAAUAGAAAGGAGAAAGACACGUCUAGUGUAGAAGUACAGACAGAGGACUGUGCUGCAUGGUCACAAGCAGAUUAUUACUACUAUGAAAAUUAUUACAAUCACACUGAUACUCAAGAUUGUGCAUCUGAACUGCCAGUGCAGCACAGUCACAGGUCUGAAGGCACUGAGCAUAAUUCCGUAGAGGAAUUGGAGAGCGGUGUUAAUACUCCACUAGGGAAGGAUAGCACCACGGCUGUUGACGGUGGAGAAGAGGAAAAUUUCAUCCAGAAUUCACAGGAGACAGAAGAAACUUCAUUAACGGAAGGUUCUUUGGCAGAGAGUUUGAGAGCUGCUGCAGAGGCUGCUGUUUCACAAACUGGAUUUAUUUAUGAUGAAAAUACAGGACUGUAUUAUGACCAUAGCACUGGAUUCUACUACAAUUCAGAGAACCAACUGUAUUAUGACCCAGCAACUGGAAUUUAUUACUACUGUGAUGUGGAAAGCGGCCGAUACCAGUUUCAUUCACGAGUGGAUCUGCAGUCUUACCAGGCCUCUGGUACUAAGCACACCAAGGAUAAAAAGGGGAAAAAGAAGAGAAAAGAACCAGAGUGGAUUGCUGCAGAUGAUUAUAAGGACUUGGACACAGAAGAGCAGAAAUCAUCUAACAGUCUGAACUGCUUUUCUACCACUGAGCAAGUAAGUUCUACUGAAGAAGAUGAGUCUCCAAAUGUAAGAAAGAAGACUAAAAUGGACACAAAACCAUGGAACAGUCUAACAGCCAAAGAAUCCAUUUCUACAGAUGGUAUAAAUGCACGUUCGCAUAAAAGUACACCAGAUGCUGCAGCAUAUACAGAUGACAAUAGAACAGCAGACACAGAGAGUGAACCAGAAGAAGGUGAAAUUACAGAUUCUGAGUGUGAAACCUACAGUGAGGAGGAAUUAACAAGCGAAGAAACUGGUGAUUCAGAAUACUCAGAAAAUGAAGAUGAAGAAAAGAUCUGGCCUCCUUGUAUCAGAGUAAUUGUAAUAAGAUCACCAGUUCUACAGACUGGGUCACUUUAUAUUAUCACUGCUGUGAAGCCUGCUACAAUCGGAAGAGAAAAAGAUGUUGGACACACACUUCAGAUUCCUGAAGUUGGAGUCAGUAAGUUUCAUGCAGAAGUAUAUUUUGACCACGAUUUGCAAAAUUAUGUUCUUGUGGAUCAAGGCAGUCAGAAUGGAACAGUCGUUAAUGGAAAUCAGAUUCUCCAGCCUAAAACAAAGUGUGAUCCCUACAUCCUGGAGCAUGGAGAUGAGGUGAAGAUUGGUGAAACUGUGCUUUCUUUUCACAUUCACCCCGGCAGUGAUACUUGUGAUGGAUGUGAACCAGGACAAGUUAGAGCACAUCUUCGCCUGGACAAGAAAAAAGAGUCUUCUGUGUGUCCAGCACUUAGCAAAGAAGAGAGAGAGAUAGUCAGAAGAAAAGCAUUAAAACAAAUACGGGUAAAAUAUGGUUUACAGAACACAGAAUAUGAAGAUAACAAGGCAGUGAAUAAUCCAAAGUACAAAGACAGAGCAGGAAAACGCAGAGAGACUGUUGGAAGUGAAGGAACUUUCCAGAGAGAUGAUAAUUCAGCUUCUGUUCAUGUUGAAAUCAGCAACAGCAACAAAGGACAUAAAAUGUUGGAGAAGAUGGGAUGGAAGAAGGGGGAAGGUCUGGGAAAGGAUGGUGGUGGCAUGAAGGAUCCGAUUCAACUGGAGUUGCAUCAGAAGCAUGCCGGUUUAGGUACUAGGAGACCAACCUCAAUUGAAGAUGUUCAGCUUGUCCAGAGCAAGAAUAAAAAGAACUGGGAUAAAGCAAGAGAGAGGUUUGCAGAAAACUUCCAAGAUCCUAAAUCACAAAGGGAUACACCUAAGAGUACGCCUUGGGUUAGAGGGACUGUAGACUGACAUAUCUAGUCCCACAGCAAGGUAA